AUGACGCGCGCCGUGCAAACCGUGUCCGUUCUCCUGCUGGUCUCCUCGCUCUAUCUUAUGCUUUACCUCGGUCUGGUCCCCCUGAACGAGAUUGUCCAGAUCCAAAUCAUCCCCGUGCUUCCCUUUUACGCCCUGAUUAGCUUCGCAUGCUACCUGCUCGCUCGACUUGGUCUCGCGAUCUUCACUUUCAACGACGUCCCCGAAGCGCACGCCGAGCUCCAGGAGGAGAUUGAACAAGCCAAGGUCGAGCUGCGCCGCGGCAACGUCGAAGUCGAUUAA